AUGUUAAGUCCGAAAGUCACGAACAUCGAAGGCAUUUUCAAGCCGGAUCCAAGCCCCCUUGCGGUGGAAGUGCACGCCAUGGGCGGCAGCACUUCGCAGCCGGUAGAUUUGCCAGCCUUGCCACAGCAACGCAUUGUCAGUGUGCGGGAUGGACAGGCGGAGACGGUGACUGCAGCAGGGCAGCCACAAAUCGGCACCACCCAGCAGGCGGUGGCUGUUCGCCCCAGCCUCUCUCUCCACCGCGGUGCUUUGCGCGUUGAGGGGAAGAAGCUCUCGAUCGAGAUUAUCGCCAAUGAAUCUGGGCAUGUGGAGCUGAUGUUGCCAGGGCAGGAGACCCGAGGUCGUUUAGACUGGCCCACGGUGUCGGCGACGCCGAAGGCUCAUGUCCAAAGGUGUAGCAUCUCUGCAGCUGCAGAGUCCCAGACCGUCAGCUUCGAUUGUCCUAAGAGUCUCGAAAGCUUGAUGGUCAGCCAUUCUGGAGGCUCGACGUCCUGGCCUGCGGUGUUGGUCUUAAGACCUGGCGCUGAUCGCAGGGACCUGGCGGAGGAUCCACCGGAUGGCACCAUGUUGGCCUUUUGUCAAGUGCAGGCCAAAAGCCUGGCUGUCGUACGUCAGAUUAUUGCUUGGGGAGGGAAUGGAGCAGCCUUUGAGAUGAAAGACAUGUUUGGUUUGCAGGAUGCCAAGGCCAGCGAAGACAACAGCUCUCAGCGGAACUGCGUGAUUUGUUUGAGUCAGCCGCGCGACACGGCCCUGCUACCUUGCAGCCAUUUUUGCGUUUGCUACGAUUGUGGGCUAUCCAUUCGGCUCAACCCUUCUCGCUCCAAGUGCCCCUUGUGCCGUACAGAUGUCCAGGACCUUGUUCGGAUUGAGGGCAAGGGCCCGGAAGCGACGUGA